UAAAGGUGUUUUCAGAAUAGAAAAAAACUAUUUUGUGUUAUAUCGGUUAUAAAUUUCUUAUUUCACAGUUUUCCUAGUUAGCUACUAGCUAAACGACUUAAGUUAUGACGAGCACAUGCGCACUAUCGUUAGUUGUCUUUCUCCGCGUAACGGGACGUUUCGAGGUGAAGAAGACGACAUUUUGGGGCAGCAGCAGCUCUACUGCAGUCUGAGGGCAGACACAGGAAGUGGCGUCACUGUUAGCACAAACACAAACAGGGCAGCUCUGGAUAUCUCCACCAAGGACCCUCAGGAUGACUUUGAGAUCCUGCUGAGAGUCGGAGGAGGAACUUACGGAGAGGUUUACAAGGCUCGAAACAAACAGAACAGCGAACUGGCAGCUAUUAAAGUCAUAAAGAUGGAGCCAGAGGAUGAUUUUUCCAUUAUCCAGCAGGAAAUCGUCAUUGUGAAAAGCUGCAAACAUCCCAACAUCGUGGCUUAUUACAGCAGCUACAUACGAGCCAACAAACUGUGGAUCUGCAUGGAGUUCUGCGGAGGAGGUUCUCUUCAGGACAUUUAUCACGUGACAGGUCCUCUGUCUGAACCACAGAUAGCCUACGUGUGCAGGGAGAUGCUUCAGGGCCUGGACUACCUGCACGCUCAGAAGAAAAUUCACAGAGAUAUUAAGGGAGCAAACAUCCUCCUGAACGAUCAGGGCGAGGUCAAACUGGCUGAUUUUGGGAUCUCGGCUCAGAUCACGGCCACUCUGGCUCGGAGGAUGUCCUUCAUCGGGACGCCGUACUGGAUGGCGCCGGAGGUCGCAGCCGUGGAGAUCAAAGGCGGCUACAACGAACUUUGUGACAUCUGGUCCGUGGGCAUCACCGCCAUCGAGCUCGCAGAGUUGCAGCCCCCGAUGUUCGACGUCCACCCGCUGCGAGUUUUGUUUCUUAUGUCUAAGAGCGGCUACCAGCCCCCGAAACUGAGGGACAAAUCAAAAUGGUCGUCUAAUUUCUAUAAUUUUGUAAAAGCCAUGUUGGUGAGGAACCCAAAGAAGAGACCGAGCGCCUCCAAGUUGCUCUCCAAUGUUUUUGUGACCCAGCUGGCUCUGAACCGGGACCUGACCCUGGACCUGCUGGAGAAAUAUCGAAACCCUGAGAAAGUGAAAACCUGUGUGGUGACAGAGGACGAUGAGAUGGAAGUGGCAUCGUCCUCCUCGUUAAGGAGGAUCCAGUCCAUCAACAAACACAACCGGGCCGAGAGAACCAACUCUGACAUCAGUUUUGAACAGAUUUACACUCAGAGGCCGACGAAGACAGAUUCACCGAACGUAACGUUAAGACCAUCAGUGAGUUCAACAGGCAGCACCAGCAGUCCUUCCAGGGAAGCAGACACGGACUCUGACAAUGACUAUGAUGAUGUGGGCAUCCCUACGAUACAACCGUCGGGUCUCCUAACGCCAGAAGGUGGAACCCCUCCUCCACUUCCACCAAAGCCUAAAGCUCGUACCAGCUCAGAAGAAAGCAUGGCGGGAGAAGACGAUCGAACUAAGAAACCCUGCUCCUUGUACGCCCCCUCCCCUCUCAUGAGGACCUCCAGCGGCACACACGUCCGACCCACACCUAACCCACAGUCCUCACGACACUCAGACCCUCCAUCGUUACCGUAUCAGUUUGAGAAUCGAGCCGACUCGCUUCCCCCUGAACUUCCUCCAAAAGACUUCAGAAGACGAAAACCGCCGUCAAAGGACUCUCCCGAGUGUCCCAGCCCCAUUUUAAGGAAACCUCCAGUUUACUUUAAGAAGAUAUUUCACGGCAGCCCUCUGAAAAUAAACUGCUCUACGACGUGGGAAAACCCUGUCUCCAAAGAGCAGCAUCUGAUCCUGGGGGCUGAAGAAGGGAUCUACACCCUGAACCUUUACAGCACUGAGGCCACGAUGGAGCUGUUGUAUCCUGGGAAGUGCACCUGGGUCUACACCAUUAAUAACAUCCUUAUGUCUGUAUCAGGUAAAUCGUCGCAGCUCCACUCACAUUCCCUGAAGGAGCUGUACGAACAGGCUCGGAAAGACCAGAGGAUGGUUCCCCUACCGACCCACAGGCUGUUAUCAAGAAAAUGUCCGGUAACGUGUAAAAUACCCGAUACGAAAGGCUGCAGGACCUGCUCAGUUGGGGGGAACAUUCUGCGUGGUUGUGUGUUUCUGUGCUGUGCUCUGGACUCCAGUGUGGUUCUGCUGCAGUGGUAUGAGCCCAUGCACAAAUUCAUGCUAAUCAAGCAUUUUGACUUCCCCCUACCCAACCCUCUGCGGGUGUUUGAGAUGGUGAUGAUGAACCAGCAGGAGUACCCCAUGGUGUGUAUCGGUGUGUCGCGGGGGUCGAGCCCGGACGUCCCUGUCAGUUUAGAAUACAUCAACCUGAACUCCAGCACGUCCUGGUUCUUCAACUGCGGCCUGGAGAAACCCUCCCCUGAUGUGGCUCAGGUCUACCAGAUGGACAACUCCUCACUACUCGUGCUCAUGGAGAGGUCGGUGCAAAUAGUUGGUCUGGAUGGAGAGCUGAAGAACAACAAAUAUCUUCCCCAUGAAGCCUCCUUCUCUCAUGAUGUUGAAUCGAUAGUGUUUUUUGAUGAUUCGUUCUUGGCCGUUUGGCGUCACGGCUGGCAGAGGAGAGGACGAGGUUUCACAGAUGUGCUGGAAGAGGUGACGGACCACAGGAAGAUCCACAGGAUGGUGAAGUCAGACAGGAUGGUUGUUUUGGAAACACGUCAAGUUGAAGACCAAUCAGGUCUGUCUAAUCUGUAUCUACUGGAAGUUGCUGAGAACUACGUCUUGCUGUAGUGAUGCUUCAGUGUGUCGAUCCCGGGCACGAUGGGAGGACUUCCUGCUGUGAACGCCUCUGCUGAAGGAUGAAAACAAACACGCGUUUGUGAGCGUUGUCUUUACAUCUGGCUGGCAUCAGUGCAGAUUUAUUUUUACCCAGAUGGGGAAGUGAUGUCGGGACAGGACUGUGUUGUAGCUCUUGUUCCUCCGUUGGAGGGAUUCAGCUCUUAUUUAUGCUCCUUUAAACUUUGUUUGAGAUCCAGAAGAGUCCGGAGAGUUCAAAGAGCUGAGGAAACCUUACCUGAUAAGCCGGUUAAAAACAGCGAAGAGGAGCGAGCCCGUCCAUUUUUCUGCCACAGUAUUAUUGACCACAGCAUCCUGCAGAGACUGACUUCCCAAGCUUCAAGCUUCAAAGGAGUGAAGUUCUGCCAUCUUUCAUGCGGUAUUUUGUGAACUGAACUUAUCCGACAGUGUUUCAUCACUGUGUUGUUGUUACACUCUAAUAAAAUAAAUUUUACAUAUGA